AUGCACGGGUGAUUGGGGAGCAAGUACUUCUUGAAAAACUUGGAAUAGCUCAGCUCCUUGUCGAUGUAAUCGACAAAAUGUGACGACCAAAACUGUUCAUAGGACUGCCUGGGUAUUUUAACCAGGCUGCAGCAGUUGCGGUGGGUCACUGCGUCGCCGUCCCAAAAUGAGCCGGGUCGUUCCCAUCCACAGCUGGCCCGGCUCCUAUUACGUCAACGGCGAGAAGCGGUGGGAAAAUGGCACGCUGUCCCUCACGCGCACCAUGGUGCACUUCGUCUCCGGCCGGACCAAGGAGAGCGUGGCCGGCUUCCGCCUCUCCGGCGUCGUGGCGAUCAAGAUGGAGUCGUCCAGCUUCAUCUUCGGCACCCUCACGGUGCUCGAGGAGGGCAACGUGAAGCACUGGUUCGGCUCCCUUAAGCCCAACAGGGUGGUGGUUUAUAACGUGUUGGAGCACUUCUGGAGAGAACGCCUCCUGUCGCCCGCAUCCGAGGCCCCGGGGGCCAAAGGUCAGCCCUCUAAAGGCAGAGCGCUGAUCAGCCUGGUGGCAGAGUCCCAGAGGCGACUGGAGGACACCGGCGUGGUCCUCAGUCACCAGGGAGAGCAGUUUGACAACGUGAUGCAGGGCCUGGAGAAGAUUGACUCCGAUCUGGGCCUGGCGGAUAAACUCUUGUCGGAGCUGGAGUCUCCCUCCUGGUGGCCUUUCGGCAAACUCCCCUGGAAGUCUCAGCAGGACGCCAAAGCCGAGGACGCGGCGGCGAGGGCCGCGGCGCCCGCGGCCGGCGCCGGGUCCGGCAGGAACAAGGUGAUCGCGAGCAUCCCGGCCGUAGUGAGCCGCGGCGGGGACGGCGACUUGAAGCCCGGGUGCCUGUCGGUGCUGGUCUCCUCGCUGGAGGUGCGCGACGCGGACCGCCGGCUCCUUCACCGCUUCGAGCGCGGCGACGUCGACGAGGUCAGGGUGCACGGCCCGUACGAGAUCACCGUCAGGCAGCGCUUCAUCGGGAAGCCCGACGUGUGCUUCAGGCUCCUGUCGGCCAAGAUGCCGGAGGCGAUGUCCGUGCUGGAGAUGCAGUACAAGAAGAAAGUGGAGCUCGCCGGCGAGUACGCGGCGUUCACAGCGACUCCGGCGGCGGCGGCGUCGUCGCCGUGCGACCCGGAGGCGCCGAGCUGGGGUCAAGGUCUGCAGCAACGGGGCCAAGACGCAGAGCCCCCGCCGGAGGUCCCGGCCGGGGAGCUGUCCCGGCUGCGGGUGCAGGCCGCCCAGCCGUCCGUCAGUCGGGCCGAGGCCCAAGAACUCAGACAGAUGCUGAUGCAGCUGAAGAGCCUCGCCCUGGAGGCAGAGACGGAGCUGGAGCGGCAGGAUGACGUUCUGGACGACCUGAGCGGCUCCACCGACCGAGCCACGGCGCACGUGGAGAGGCACACGUGCCGCAUGAAGAGGCUGCUGUAGCUCCGCCGGGGGGGGGGGGGGGG